AUGAAUUUCAACCAUCAGCAGAAUAAGGGAGGUCAGCAGCAGCAACCUAACCCACAACAACAAGCGCAGCGCAAUGCGUUUCCUGCUUUACCACCACAACUUGCGAACUUGACGCCUCAACAAUUACAACAGUUGAGAAACCAACCCCAGUUUCAGACACUCAUGAAAAACUAUAUGCAACGACAGCAAAUGAUGAACCAACAAGAACAAGCACAAAUGCAAGGCCAGACACCUACGUCAACAUUCAUGAACUCGCAGAAUGUUCAUCCAUCGCAACAGUUUAACCAGCAGACACCUCUCAUGAACCAACAGACGCAACAAACACAACAAGCGCCUGGCAUGCAAGGAAAUAUUGCAAUACCUCCACGCCAACCAUCCAUGACUAUACCUACUCCACAGGUGCAAGGGAUGUCGAUACCACAACAGAUACCGAGUCACAUACCGCAGCAGAUGAUGCAACAGCAGGGCAGGUCUGGAAUUUCACCAAGCAGCGGAAUGGGCCCUGCUUCUGUUUCUCCUCAUGUAAUAGCACAACAGAUGAUAGGAUCAACAGCGCAAGGCGAUCCAACAGGCGACAGAGGUGCUUCGUCACAAGCACCGAACGAAUUAAUCAAUAAAAUACCACUAAAGGAAUUAUCGUCUACUCAUGAAUGGUCAGAGAAAUUGAAGAACGAAGGAAAAGAUAUACCCACUGAUUUAAAAGUGUAUGAAUCCAUAAUUGGAAAGGAUUCUGAUUUCUUGAAGAAAAAAAUGGAACAAGUAGGGGAUAGCAAAAAAAUGCUUGACAUGUUGGUAAAAGAUAUCAAGACAUAUAGCGAGAUUAAACAGUUACGUAUGAAUGCAAUCACGUUGUCAAGUAAGGGACAAUUUAACAAUAGUAUUUGGGGUGAAGGAUACCAAGGCUAUGGAAAUGGAAUUACCAAUACUGCCACGAGACUUUUGUUGCCACACCAUAAUAAGCGAUACUCUGCGGUUCCUGAUGUUAUGUUCACUGAAAGAGAGAUAAACGAUCGGGUAUUGAAAAGAUUAAGACCUAGCGAAACACAGCAAUUAGUUCCAAUAAGGCUAGAGUUUGAUCAGGAAAGAGAUAAGUUCAAAUUGCGUGACACAUUCUUGUGGGACCUAAAUGAGGAUGUAUUACCGUUAGAGAAUUUUGUAGCAUUACUUAUAGAAGAUUAUAAAUUUAUCCCACCACAUCAUGCACAGACCAUAUUGGCCUCGAUCAGAGAGCAAAUCAGAGACUUCCACAGAAAACCUGAUAAGGUUAUGGGAGAGUUGAGGGUUCCAAUUAAGAUUGACGUUACGAUAAAUAAUACACAGUUGGUGGAUCAAUUCGAAUGGGAUAUUCUCAAUUUUGGAGAAAGCGACCCUGAAGAUUUUGCCAGAAUCAUGUGUGAUGAAAUGAAUUUGCCGGGUGAAUUCACCACUGCAAUCGCUCACACCAUCAGAGAACAAACACAGUUAUUCCACAAGUCGUUAUUCUUGGUGGGAUACAGCUUUGACGGGUCGCCUGUAUACGAAGACGAGAUAAGAUCUCAUGUGCUUCCGUCCUUGAGAUUACUGUCACAUGAUAAUACUGCAGGAUUCGAUUCCAUGGUGGACGAUUUCUUCUCCAUCCUCCGGAAUCCGGCUACGGUUCCUGAUUUUACUCCGUCAUUGGUUAAACUAACACAACUUGAAUUGGAAAGACUUGAUAAAGAAAUUGAACGCGAUUCUCGUCGUAAGAGAAGACAUAAUCUUAAUGAUCUAACCGACGCUUCAGCUACUUCAGGAAGUGGUUUAACCAGUGGAAGAGGUACUUCGUCUAGAAGAAGUGCCUUACAUAUGGGUAGAGGGGGUCCAGUUCUACCAGAUUUAUCGGAUGCACCUAAGACUUUUAGAACUCCAGCCCCCUCGAGUAUUUUACCCGGAGGUAUUGAUCUAGGUGUACCCGAUAUAUACGGUUACAACGAAGUUAUCGUCCAUAGAAGUCAAAUUAAAAACCCCGACUAUAAACCACCACCUCCAACUUCAGAAGCCGAACUCGAUACCGAUAAUAUUAAUAAUAGAGUAAGAUACACCAACGACAGAAUCAUGGGCCGCUUCUUGGUAUCAAUAAAGUUACCUAGAUAG